AUGCUGGCAGGUCGCGAUGACAUCAUCUACGGUGACCUCUGUGACGAAGAUCAGUUCCAGUGCAGCAACCGUCAAUGCAUCCGUCUAACCGGAAUUUGCAACGGCGUCAUCGACUGUGCUGACGGAUCGGACGAAAAGUCUUGCGGAGCCAACGGAGCACUGAAGAACAUCCUGGACGUUCCGUGCGGCACGCCGGUGCAUCCCCCGAUCAAGCACACCGAGGACCGGCUCGUGGGAGGCACCGAGGCUGUGCCCCACUCGUGGCCCUGGCAAGUGAGCCUCGGCGAGGCCGAGUUCGAAGGGAUCGGCCACUUUUGCGGAGGGUCGCUCAUCUCCAGCCAGUGGGUGCUCACCGCCGCACACUGCUUGAACGAGCGCACCGCGAGUGACAUCAUCGCCAUUCUUGGCGCGCACAGCCUUCUAGACAUCGGUGACGUCAUUACACGCAAAGCUGACACGCUUCUAGCGCACUCUAACUACAGCGCUUUCAACAAGAACUACGAUAUUGCCCUGGUCAAGCUUGACGUGCCCAUCAACUUCACCGACAAAGUGAGGCCUAUUUGUCUGCCAGAAAAGGGCAACGAUUUGCUUCGGAACGGCGAGUGCUUUGCAACCGGCUGGGGACAGACAAGGGGAAGCGGAAGUUUUGCGACACUCAAGCAAGCCCCCAUGAGUGAGUUGCCCUUCCAAGAGUGCCGAAACGCCGGUGGUCUUGUCUUCAGGGAGCUGAACGAACACGACACCUUCUGCGCAGGCGACCCUCACGGAGAGCACGGCGUUUGCCACGGCGACAGUGGCGGCCCGUUGUUCUGUGCCAAGGACGGCACCGGUUGGAGCGUGCAGGGCGUCGCCAACGCCAUCCUGAAGAGCACCGACUUGGGGACGCUGUGCGGCGUCGGCAGCGACUCGUUCUGGAACCGGGUCAGCGCUCACCUUCCCUGGAUCCAGCAUGCCAUUCGCGUCCUGUAGCGAGCCUCCAGCACGGCGUGCAAAAUUUGCACUCCGUGAUUAGCGUGAUCAAGUCAAAGGGCCAGGCAGGCACAUUUCUUUUAGCAGAAAGAGAUGGCCGCUUCGGCAAUAAAGUGCUGCGGGGAUAUUGUUUUCGGAAGGCUUAUAGCUUCUUUUUUUUUUUUUGAUACCGAGAGAAAAUUGGCCGCCAUCCCACCCUGCGAACGUGAAUGUCCAGCGAAGCUGUAUCAAACACCACACAUGGUCGAGCAUUGUAUUCACGCUGUUCUUCUGGUAUCUUUAAUUUCCCUGGUCUACCCAUGG